CGGCGAGACGCCAUUGGCUGGUGUGCACAGCCAUACGCUGCAGCAGUGUUGGAGUAGGAAGAAGCAGCUGACAGAGGCCACAGGCAGAUGGGAGCCGAGCCAUGAGGACUAAGAUGGAGUUGGGCAAUGAUCCAGAAUGAAAGCAGAAAUGAAGAGAUUGAGGCUGUGCAAAAGAUGCAGACCCCCUGACUAAAGAAUUCUCCAUUCUGCCUUUUUGAGGUACCGCCGACAUUAUGAUCACUGUAACGGAACUCAAAAUUUUGGCAGAUGCCCAAGCAUCUUAUCAUAUUUUGAAGCCAUGGUGGGACGUGUUUUGGUAUUACAUCACGAUGGUGAUGUUGAUGAUUGCUGUUCUGGCAGGUGCUCUGCAGCUCACACAAAGCAGAAUGCUCUGCCUUCCUUGUAAGGCGGAAGUGGGCAAUCACUGUGCACAUCCUCUGGAUCAAGUCAGUACAAAGAUAAAUUUGUCAGCCAGCCCCUUGGGAAAAACAAAUCCCUCAAGAGGAAUCCAGAACGAUUUGCAUCGCCAACAGUAUGCCUACAUUGAUGCAGUUUGCUAUGAAAAACAGCUGCACUGGUUUACAAAGUUUUUUCCCUAUCUAGUGUUUCUUCAUACUAUAAUAUUUGGUGUGUGCAGCAACUUCUGGCUCCAUUACCCAAGCACAAGUUCGAGACUGGAGCACUUUGUUGCGAUUCUGUAUAAAUGCUUUGAUUCUCCUUGGACGACACGAGCUUUGUCAGAGACGGUUGCUGAACAGACCAUGAGAAACUGGACAAACAAACCAUCACGACGCUUGACUAGUGAAGACACGGAUGCAAGGAGGCAAUCCGUACAACAUGGGGUUGAGAGCACUGCAGUGGAGGAUGAUGCUUCAAGUGUCCUGGACAGGAAAGAAGGAGAACAGGCAAAAGCUCUGUUCGAAAAAGUCCGCAAGUUCCGUCUUCACGUUGAGCAGAAGGACAUAAUUUAUAGACUGUAUCUGAAGCAGAUCAUUGUUAAAGUCAUUGCUCUUCUCGUGAUCAUUACAUACGUGUCUUACUUUUUGAUGCACAUAACAUUUGAAGUUGACUGUAAAGUUGACAUUGAAGCAUUCACAGGGUACAAGAGAUACCAGUGUGUCUAUUCUCUUGCUGCAAUUUUCAAGCUUUUGGCUACGUUUUAUGUUUUACUUGUAUUUUUGUAUGGGUUUGCUUGUUUUUAUAGUCUGUGGUGGAUGUUGAGAAGCUCUCUGAAACAGUAUUCAUUCGAGGCCGUUAGAGAAAAGAGUCACUACAGUGACAUCCCCGAUGUCCAAAAUGAUUUUGCCUUUAUCCUUCACUUAGCAGACCAGUAUGAUCCGUUGUACUCCAAGCGUUUCUCGAUAUUUUUGUCUGAAGUCAGCGAGAACAGAUUAAAACAGAUUAAUCUCAACAACGAGUGGACAGUGGAAAUGCUGCGCCAAAAAUUGACCCGAAAUGCCAAGGAUCAAGUAGAGCUUCAACUUUUCAUGCUGAGUGGGGUGCCUGAUAAUGUCUUUGAACUGAAUGAGAUUGAAGUCAUGAAGCUGGAACUGAUACCAGAUGCCAAGAUCACCCCAAUGAUAACACAGCUGGUCAACCUCAAGGAACUCCAUAUUUACCACUCAACACUUACUGUGGACCUCCAAGCUCUGAGCUUUCUCGCUGAUAACCUUCAAACUCUAUAUCUGAAAUUUACUUCAGUUGAAAAGAUUCCUUCUUGGAUUUUCCUCUUGAAGAACUUGAAGGAGUUGUACUUAGCAGGAUGUAUCGACAACUACAGUUUUGCACACAUUGAGGGCCUUCAGGACUUGAAGAACCUGACAACCCUUUACUUGAAGACCAGCAUUCCUCGAAUUCCACCUGUGGUUAUGGACAUGUUGCCAUUUCUUCAGAAACUAAGCAUUAAUAAUGAAGGAAAUAGGCUCCUAAUCCUAAUUAGUUUGAAGAAGCUGAUCAAUCUUACCAGCCUAGAAUUGAUCAACUGUGACCUCGAACGAAUUCCACAUUCCAUUUUUAGUCUGACGGAACUGAGAGAGAUUGACUUUAAAGGAAAUAAUUUUAAAACUGUUGAAGAAAUUAUUAGUUUUCAGCAUCUGCCCAAACUGACCUGCUUGAAACUGUGGCACAACGCCAUUGCCUACAUACCACUACAGAUUGGAGCUUUAGCCAACCUAGAGCAGCUCUAUCUCAACAAUAACAAUAUAGAAAUGAUGCCACUACAACUAUUUCUGUGCAACAAGCUGCGGGUUUUGGACCUCAGUCAUAACAAUUUAAAUUUCAUCCCGGACGAGAUUCAGCUUUUGAAAAAUCUUCAGUAUUUUGCUGUGACAAACAAUAGUAUUGAGAUGUUACCAGACGGGCUGUUUAUAUGCAGCAAGCUGCAGUGUUUGCUCCUGGGAAAGAACAGCCUGAGCAGCUUGUCAGCGCACGUGGGGGAUCUGAUGAACCUCAUUAAGAUUGAGUUGGUUGGGAACCAAAUUGAAUCUCUUCCUCCUGAGCUCGAGUCCUGUCACUCACUAAAGCCAAGCUGUAUUAUUGUGGAGAGCAAUGUGCUGCAUACCCUGCCCUCAUAUGCGAAGGAUAGCCACAAGUCCACGCACAGAUAGGAGACCCGCCACGAGUUCUACUUCAUUUUUCAUUGCAGCUUUUGUGAGCCGGUUGUACCGGUCUGGUUUACUUUCUAAAGCUUCCAGGGCAGCCCUUUGACUUCACGAGCCAGUUCUUAUAAGACUGAAGCAGAUUCUUGCAAUGUGAAUACUGUACAUUUUGCAUAUAUACGAAGGCAGGUUCCUAACAGCCUGCAGAUAAUUAUUAGUUUGCAUUAUUUAUGCAAUCCUUUACUGUUUUUUAGGAUCUGCCACACAAAAAAAGCUAAGAUAUCCCAUUCUCUUUUUAGUGUUCAUUUUCUGUUUAUUAUAGCACAAAACAAUAAAAAUGUUAGCACUGUUUAUAAAAAAUAAAUACAAAUAAUGCCCCAUAGAUGGUGCGGUAGUGCGCAUGCGUGACUACCGCUCCAUUCAGACUCCUCCUCACUGCAGUAAGGAGGAACCCCGGGGCUAAGGACCAACAUUCUAGUGAUCAUUGUGUCCCAGGGAUCAUAUAUUACUGUGGACAGGUGAUAAAUAUUCUUAAUGGGACAUCCCCCUUUAAGGGACCAAAUAGUGUCCGUUUAUGUCACAAGUGCUGGGAUCUUUGAGAGACCCCGGCCGUGGCUAGAGGCAUGGCAGCAUCAUAAAGACUGUGCUAAACUACUGUGAUAGUAAAAGCUGUGCGGUAAACCUGCAUAUUAGGAAUGUGUAAAGAUUUUACAUUGAGCAUCUUGGACAAAACCGGGGACAAAGCUGUGGAUGCUAUUGAUUCCAUGGGCUCUUGUUCCCAUGGAUUGGAAAAUACUGCAGCAAUGGGGGCAGAGUUAAUGGGCCCGGGCAUAUGAGGGGGCAUUAAAGGUUUUGGACAACCCCUUUAAAUGGAUUCUCCGGUGCCAACAGCCUGCCCCACUAAACAGGAUGCAUACUUACCUGCUCACCGCUGCCUCAGGCGUCUCCAUCUUCCAGUCCAUGCACAGUUUUGUAUUUCUUUUGUGUUUUUUUUUGGGCAUGGUCAGAAUCAGCACGUCGCCUCUGAAGACAGUCAUUGGCUGCAGCAGAUCAUGUGACCAUGCCAAUGCAGCGCCGUGAAAAAAAAAACUGUGCAGGGACUGAAGGCAGCUUAGAGGAACAGAGGGGAGCAAAUGAGCAGGAAUCCUUAGCUUAGUGGGGCAGGCUGCCGGUACUUGGUAAAACGGCAUUAUUAUUGUUGUCAGCCAAGUUACAUUUAGCCUUUUUCUUUCCGUUAACAUUUCUUUUCUAUGGCUGCUCACCGUUCGUGCUGUUGUUUGAAACGGUGUCAUUUUUAAUGAAAUUCUAAUUAGAUUGCUCUUUUCUUGAGCGCAUAGCGUAUAUUAGCUUAAACUCGUCUUUUUUAAUGUAUUUAACAUUAAAGGGGUAUUCUAGCUAGAACAAGUUAUUUCUUAUCCACUGGGACUGUUCUCAUGAUCGGCGCGGGUCCCAACAGUCCCACUGAUCACAAGAACAAAUAGAGUGGGGGUCGAGAAUGCGCACCACUGCUCCAUUCAAUGUCUAUGGGAAUGCCAGAGAUAAUUGAGUGCAAUGCUUGGCUAUCUCCUCUAGUCCCAUGGACAUGGCUCCACUCUACUCAUUAAUGAUGGGGGUUCCAGCAGUCGGACCACCACUGAUCUAACAGUUAUUCCCUAUCCAGAACUUGUUCUAACCAGAAUACCCUUUUAUCUACUUAACAAGGCUGCAUCUAUGUCAUUGCAGCCUUUUUGUUUUUUAUUACUUUUCAGUAACAUUAACUAUCCCACCGUAUUGUGUAUAAAGCUCAAACCUUUUGCCGUGGUUACAGACUACAAACAAACCGUGUAGUCCCAUAUUACUCCCUUCCUUCUAACCCUGUUUGACUGUACUGUACCAAGAGGGAGAAGGGUAGCACAUGACUGUAGGAUUAGAUUACGCAAAUGGUAAACAUGAGGACACAGGUCUGCAUAGGAGCUGUAUACACCAAACGGUAGGAUGUUUUAGUACUUAUUUCUUAAAAUGUACCUCCAGGGUAGCCUCUAUGUAUACACAAUACAGUCUUUAAAUGCACUAGUACUAGCAUAGAUACAUGUCCUAUGUCAGGCAAAAAACGUUAGUGAAUACACUGGUUAAACAUCGGAUGAUUGUGGUAUCAGUCUAGUAUUUUAAGUCCAGACUUGUUGCUGGGCAGUUUACUGUAAAACACUCUUGUAUUUUAAAAUGCACUCCCACAAAAAUGUUUAUUCUCUGACCUGAUAGUUCCAUGAUGUAAACUGUAAUGAAGGUAAUUAUCUUACUAGUGACUGUAUUUGUGAGUUAUACCCUCCCUUCUGAUCCUUAGCUGUGUCAUGUGAUCAACACUCUGAUCUCCAACUGAAGUCAGUUACUUUUCUAUUCAUUCCUAUGAGACCGACAUUGAGGCUCCCAUAAGAAUACAGAGAAACUGGAUACCUGAGCACACAUGAGACGCUGUGUGAUUUGGAGAGUCAGACUAUUGGUCACAUAACAGCUGAGGAUCAGAAGGGAGGUUAUAACUGACAAAUACAGUCAUUGGUAAGACUGUUGUACCUUUUCUAACAGGUCAGAGAAUAAAUAUUUUUGUGGGAGCGCUUUUUUUUAAAGGGUUUGUCCAGGUUGUAGAUAUUGAUGACCUGUCCUCAGCUAUCAGAUCAGUGAAGGUCCAACAUCCAGCACCCCCAACCAUCAGCAGCUGCCAGAGUCAGACCCCCGCCAAUCUGAUAUUGAUGACCUUUUCCUAAGGAUAGGCCAUCCAUAUCUAGAACCGGGACCACCUCUCUAUUGAUACUGUUUAGCCAUAUUGUCUCAUCUCCAGCAUUUUCUUCACUAUGCAAUUGAGGUUUAUGACCUCAGCACUGUAUUGGAGCUCCCACUGCCCUGCAAAACGUAAGGCAAUAAUAUGGUGUCAAAUGACCUAUAGAUUUGCAUACUGAUAGCAUGACAACCAAUAUUUAAUCCUGUUAAUCUGGUUUUGUGUGUAAAUGUUUCUGUACCGGUUUGUACUAUUUUCUGUAUUUCCAUAUGUCAUGUGAUAUACUACUGGACAGGAUUCUGUCUAUGGCUUUUACACUGGGAUAUGGCUCCCUAGGAAAUGAAUAGGGUUUUGCCAAUAACUACACAAGGUGGGUGAUAAAUGUUAUGCUCACCUGAUCACGAUGGUGGCAGCGCACUGUACUCUGUAGUUCCAUCAAAGUGAAUAGAACAGUCAUCAGGCAUGCGUACUGCCGCUCCAUUCAUACAUUUGGUUUAAAGGGGUAUUCUGGUUAUUUCAAG